AUGACUUCAAUGGAUGUGAACACAACUUCUUCAGCAGAUGUCUACGAUUAUGGUGAUUCACCAUAUCUUUUCAAGCCAUACAAUAAGCCAAUCGCAGAGUUGAUAAGCGAACAUUUACCUUUGCUGAUGGAAAAUCAGCACGACUGUGUACCGAUCCCAGGAACUGAAGAACCUGGAUACAGUGGCGUGUAUAGAAACAAAGCUUUCUCCAACGGAUUGAAGAAAACUCUUACUCCAUAUUUAACAACAUAUCAUGAGUUUUUCAAGAACGCAGUUAGCUUAUAUGAAGAUAACCCGUGUUUAGCAGGUAGAAAAUAUGACUAUAAUUCUAAGAAGAGUGCAGACACAUAUAGCUCGAAAACUUACAAGGAAGUAGACGAGUUGAAAUCAAACUAUGGUUCGGGUCUUCUUUAUUUGCUACAAAGAAAUCAAUUCAAGAAUAGUGAAAAAUUUGAGAGUCACAAAAAAAUCGAUAAUCACGUAAGAGACUACAAGAAUUAUGAUGUAAAUAACCAUUCCUUUUUGGUUUGUGUCUAUUCAGCCAAUAGACCGGAGUGGGUCUUGAGUGAUCUUAUGUGCUCUUCGUACUCGAUCACCAAUACAGCCUUGUAUGACACUUUAGGUCCGGACACUUCGAAGUUUAUUUUAUCUAAUACCCAAUCCCCGGCUAUUAUUACAACCAAAAAUCAUAUCAAGACUAUCGUCGAGUUGAAGAAAACUUAUCCUAAGGAAUUGGAACAUGUAAUUCAAAUUAUCAGUUUAGAUCCGUUAGAUUUAAAGAAUGAAACACCAUUAAGUGCUGAAGAUCAAAACUUGGUUCGUAUGUGUCAAGAACGUAAUAUAGAAUUAUGCGACUUGGAUUAUACCAUCAAUUUAGGUGCUUCAUUUCCAAUCCCAGAAUUACCACCAACUCCAAAUAGUUUAUUCACCAUCAGUUUUACCUCUGGAACCACUGGUUCUAAACCAAAGGGUGUUAUGCUUACUCAUAGAACUGCAGCUGCUGGUAUCACAUCCAAUUUUAUGGGUCUCCCUAGAGUGGAUAAUAAAAGAACUUUUGCUUUCUUGCCUUUAGCUCAUAUCUUUGAGAGGUUAAAUUGUGCUCAUGGAGUAUCACAGGGUGUAUGUAUGGGUUUCCCGCAGAUUGGUGGUACGCCAUUAACAUUAGUGGAAGACUUAAAGAUUUUCAAGCCUAAUAAUAUGAGUAAUGUUCCAAGAAUUUUUACUAAAUAUGAAGCUGCUAUUAAAGCUCAAACUAUAGAUCAUACUACAUCAUCAGUCACUAGGGCAGUUUAUAAAAAGGUUUUCGACAAGAAGAUAAAAUUACAAGAAGCAUAUGAUGGCGCAGACGGCCACCAUGCGCUCUAUGAUAACUUCUUUCUUGAAAACAUUCGUAAGGAGUUCGGUUUUGAUGAAAUGAAGUUUGUCCUCACCGGAUCAGCCCCAAUUGCACCUUCUACGGUCAAGUUUUUGAAGGCAUCGCUUAAUAUUGCUAUGUUACAAGGUUAUGGUAUCACUGAGACAUUUGGUGGUAUUGCUUACAGUUUCCCCUAUGAAGCAGAACCUGGCACCUGUGGAUCAAUUUCUAUUACAACAGAAAUGAGGUUACGCGAGUUACCUGAUAUGGGUUAUAGAUUGGAUGAUCCAGAAGGCCCUAGAGGAGAAUUAUUAUUAAGGGGACCACAAGUUUUUGAGAAGUAUUUCAAAAAUGAAGAAGAGACUGCUAAGACUAUUGAUAAAGACGGCUGGUAUUUAACUGGUGAUAUUGCCAGAUUCUCAAAAGACCAUGGUAGAAUAUUCAUUGUUGAUAGAGUGAAAAACUUCUUUAAAUUAUCGCAAGGUGAAUACAUCACCCCAGAGAAAAUUGAAAACAAAUACCUUUCUUCAUCAUCUAUCCUUAACCAAUUAUAUAUUCAUGGUGACCCAUCGAGAAACUUCUUAGUUGGAGUUGUUGGUAUUGACUCUGAAGGAGCAAUCCAAUUCUUAGUAGAUAAGUGUGAUACCAGAAGAAGCUUGUUGACUACGUCUGAGCUGAUUUUAAAUGAACUCAAUAAAAAAGGAAACAGAACAUUAUUGCUUACAUUCAUGAACGCUAAUUGCAGAGACCAAUUACAAGGAUUUGAAAGACUUCAUAACAUUUAUAUUGAAUUUGAGCCUUUGAGAUUAGAUAGAGAUGUUGUGACUGCAACCCAGAAACUUAAGAGACCUUCUGCUUUUAAGUUUUUCUCCAAGAAUAUUGAUGAUAUGUAUAGCGAAGGGUCUUUGAUUAGGCCUAUUAGAUUAUAA